AUGAAGUCGUCCUCUUUCCUACUGUACAGCAUAUUAUCCGCAGCUGUAGUUCCAUACGCGGCAUUUGUCGUCGGCGGAGUGACGCCUGGCGGUCGAUACCUGCGAACGAUCACGGCGGCAGUAUCCACUGGUACCGGGACGGAUGACUUGCUCCGACCGAGCUACGCAAUCGAGAAGAUUCCGCUGCGCAUUGGUCACGGAUUCGACAUUCACCGUAUGGCACCCUUGGCCGAAGCUGGACAACCCGUCGUGAUUGGGGGAGUCGUGAUUGAUCACCUUCCGCAAAAGUGGACCGAUGCCGAAGGCCGUUACGUGGAGAAGGGCGGCGUGUACGAGACCGAGCUCGGCGUGGUAGCGCACUCUGACGGCGACGUAAUUUACCACUCAAUAGUGGACGCCAUCUUUGGAGCCUUGACGCUGCCAGAUAUUGGGCAGGUCUUUCAGGAUACGGACCCGCGAUGGAAAGGUUGUGACAGUAGUAAAUUUAUGGAACACGCGCAUACCGUCAUGGCGGAUUAUGGAUACAAGGUUGGCAACAUUGAUGUGACGCUGAUAUUAGAAAGACCAAAGGUCGCGUCAUUCAAGCCCGCCAUGAAAAAGAAUAUUGUAAAUUUGCUUCAGACGACUCCGGGACGAGUCAACAUUAAAGCCCGCACACACGAACGGGUGGAUUCCGUCGGAGAACUCCGGUCUCUGUCAUGUCACGUUGUCAUGACGUUGGAACUGGACACGUAAAAGAAGACAUCCUAUUUACUCUAGAGAAAUCGAAGGCACUGAAUGGUACGGAUAUUUAAAAGCACAUAGCUAGCCAGUCGACAGAAAUAG